CUGACCCUUACGCACCAGCCUUUGAAGCCGAACCGCGGUGCAGUUAGUAAAUCAUAUCUGGGGAGGAGCGUGCCCCUCUCUGUCCGUGCAGCUCGGUGCUGAGUCCGAUGAUGAGGGCCAGUUCGGGAACCAUCACUGGCGGAGCAAUACCACCAUCUCCUCGUUUCAGCUUCGGUUUGUCAAGCAGAGGGCGUGUGGCUCGCCGUACCUGAGAGGAGCGAGCGUCUCUUGUCACGUAUUCUGCGAAAGGGGGGCAGAGGAUUAAAAGCGGACCAAGGCACCUGUCUCUACUGCUCUGGGAUGCCGUGCCGUGUCAGUGUCGCAUUAGAAAUAAUGUUUCCCCUGCGCUUGUUUUGCAACUGAUGAAGAAUAAUUUUGAAGGCAUGUUCACGUGGAUGGCUAUGAAUAUGUUUAUUCCGGUGUUCUGGUGUAACGCGUGAGUCAUCGUUGGCACUGGCAAGCAGGUGCUGUUGUCGGGGUCGUUGACAUGCGUUCCACCUGAGCUCGGCAUCGCCUGUCUCGGUGGUGUGGUGGCAGGAUGCCAGUGCAGGCGGCCCAGUGGACAGAGUUCCUGUCCUGUCCCAUCUGCUACAAUGAGUUUGACAGCAGCGGCCACCAGCCCAUCAGUCUGGGAUGCUCCCACACGGUGUGUAAGACCUGCCUACACAAACUGCACCGCAAGGCCUGUCCCUUUGAUCAGACGCCGAUCAGCACCGACAUCGACCUGCUGCCUGUCAACUGCGCCCUGCUGCAGCUGGUUGGCGCUCAGGUCCCAGAUGUUCAACCCGUGAGUCUGAGCAGUGCAGCAGAGGUUAAACACUAUGAGGUCUGCAGGAUGUGUGUAGAAGAGCUGGCUCUCUACCUAAAGCCCAUCAGUGGCUCAAAAGAAACAGUGGGUUUAACUCCGGAGCUGUCGCUUAAUACAGGUGUGGCAAACCUGAGCCCGAGUGUGCUCAGUAGGCCCAUGCAGAGGAAGCUGGUGACCUUGGUGAACUGCCAGCUGGUGGAGGAGGAGGGUCGCGUGCGGGCGGUUCGGGCAGGCCGGUCUCUGGGGGAAAGGACAGUCACCGAGCUCAUCCUUCAGCACCAGAACCCCCAGCAGCUCUCUGCAAACCUCUGGGCUGCAGUGAGGGCACGGGGCUGCCAGUUUCUGGGACCCGCUAUGCAAGAAGAUGCACUGAAGCUUGUCUUACUGGCUCUGGAGGACGGUUCAGCUCUGUCCAGGAAGGUGCUGGUUUUGUUUGUAGUCCAAAAGCUUGAAGCUCGAUUCCCCCAGGCCUCCAAAACCAGCAUAGGCCACGUCGUGCAGCUGCUCUACAGGGCUUCCUGCUUCAAGGUGACAAAGCGUGAUGAGGACUCCUCCCUGAUGCAGCUCAAGGAGGAGUUUCGCACAUAUGAGGCCCUGAGGAGGGAACAUGACGCGCAGAUCGUCCACAUCGCAAUGGAAGCGGGCCUGCGAAUCUCACCUGAGCAGUGGUCCUCUCUGUUGUAUGGAGACCUGGUCCACAAGUCACAUAUGCAGUCCAUCAUUGACAAGUUGCAGUCUCCAGAGUCGUUUGCAAAGAGUGUUCAGGAGCUGACGAUCGUCUUGCAGAGGACAGGAGAUCCUGCCAACCUCACAAGCCUUAGACCACACCUAGAACUGCUAGCCAACAUAGACCACAACCCAGAUGCUUCCGCACCAUCAUGGGAGGAGCUCGAAAGUGUGAUGCUGGCUGUAAAGCUGGUGGUUCAUGGUCUAGUGGAAUUCAUACAGAACUUCAGCAAGAAGAGCCAUGAAACUCCACAGCCUCAGGCAAACAGCAAGUAUAAGACCAGCAUGUGCCGAGAUCUUCGUCAGCAGGGAGGCUGUCCCCGAGGAACCAGCUGCACAUUUGCGCACACACAGGAUGAGUUGGAGAAAUUUAGAUUGAGGAACAAGAAGAGCAGCAGUGUGGGCCGUGGGUUCCCUUUAGCGCAGGGGGGAAUGAAUAAAACUUUCACCAUGGAGGGCAGCAUUCACUCUGAUGUGUCUGGAGGAGUAGGACAGGGGCUCAAAGGCAAUGGAGACAGCACAGCCACCAUGGUGGAGGGAGUACCCAGCCUAAAUCACCCUCAGCUGAUCUCCAGAGGGCUCGAUGUGAUGGAGGAAUCUAAGCGAGCUGUGCCAAAUGGAACUAGUGGGCCCAAUGUGUCUGGCUCCAACAAAACCACAUCUGGGUCAGCAGAACAGAAGCCUCUCUCUCCUCCCAGGACUCCAGUCAGCCACUCAUCAGUGAUGUCUCCCUUGACCACAGUCGGACGGUCUGAUGGUGGUGCUCCUAUACCCAAACAUGGUCAGUUUAUUCUGCGUCCAUCGCAUCCUUCUCAGGCGUCCGAGGUAUACUACCAGGAGCCUCACUCCACAUAUGACACUGCCCACUAUCAGCCAGCCUCAGGUUCCUAUUACCCAUCAAGUCUUCAUCCCCCUCACAAACCUUGUAUGGCUCGGUUCCUGCGAUCCUCCAACGUCCCAGAAUCCUCUCUGCCACCUUCCAUUGGUCCUCCAUCUUCUUACCCAAAUGAACCUCAAACUCCACACCCACCUUCUUCGUCUUCCUCGGGGUACCCAUCACACCCGCCUAGAGAUCGAAUGGGACCUCACACGUUCCAUGCCCACCCAGGGCACCCAAUGGGCCCUGCUCAUGGAGUUUACGCUCCCCUCUAUGACAGCAGGAGAGUAUGGAGGCCUCAGCUGUACCACAGAGAGGACGCCAGGAGUAACUCACUGCCUCCAGAGGUGCUGCAUUCCUCUGUCUACCAACCUCCACUCAGGGAGAGGUUCAACUCUCUAGACAGCAACUACUGUUCUGGAGCUGAACAUCGUGCAGGGCUACACAGGGACUACGGACGUGUUGCUCUAGGCUAUGAGGAUCUGUUCAGAAGGAAGCAGGAACAGUGGGCUCAUCAUCACCAUCAUCACAGUGCCAACAGACCCUCCCAGUCUUCUCCCAUCUUCACCAUCGAUUUUGGGACAGAGCAUGUGGAAAAUAGUGGAGGUCAGUGUGUGGGAUGCAGGUUCAGAGGUGAUGAAGGCUUGGCUCACUACUCCCCUUGGUCCUGUGGUACCAUCGGGCCCUGCCUCAGCUCAUUUGAGCCUGAAACGCUUGCGCACACCUCAUCUCACGCCUGCUCUGAGCACUCAGAGUUGGACAGUAACGAAAGUAGAGGUGGUGGCGUCGGAGAUAGCGGCGUCGGGAAGCGAUGGCUGCAUUCGCUGGAUAACUACCGUCGCUUGAAAGACGAAGACCCGAUCAUUCCCUUUAGUGAGGGGCCCAUUAUCUCGAAGUGGGGGGCCAUUUCCAGGGCGUCCCGCACAGGCUACCACACCACUGACCCUGUCCAAGCAACAGCCUGCCAAGGGAGCGCCAGUACCACUCCCAUCAACUUCAAAGAUUACAAUGCUCACUUGGAUCACAGUGACUACAGGUGGAGCUCCAGAGGAUCAGACUCUUCCAGCCACUCCAGUUUCCUGGAGAGUGAGCAGCUCUGUGCUUCAGAGCUACAUGCCAGACGAACUUCAAUAGGGAGCGGAGAGAAAAUUGUGUCUGAUCUGAAAGCUCACCGGACCGCCUUUAGCCAGGAUCAGGACCGAGCCGAGAGCGAGUCAGACCCAGAUCGAGACAUUGAGCUCGAACUCUGUGCUCUAGACAUGGAGGAUUCGGACCAGCAGGAAAUAAAGUCUCAGGAGUCGUUAGACCUGGUCACCCCACAGUCUCAGGAUGCUUCCCUUCUCCUUUCACCUCCGUGCUCCUCUACCCUCAUCUCAUCUCCUGCAGCAGAGCACCCACAAACAGAGUCAGAAAAGAUGGAUGCUCACCUGUUGAAAAAAAUGGCCUUCAGGAAGUCUCUGUCUCCAGGAGGGUUAGUCUCAGGAGGUCUGGGCAUUGCGAAGCUCCAGGUUGGACCCCCUCGACUGGGUGACACUUCUACCCGGGCUUGUCCCGAAACAUCUGGGCCAGAGAUGCUGCUCAAUGGAAGCUAAGAGGACACAAAGUCAAUCACUGACCUACAAAGAGCUACACCUGAGUUCCACAUCCUGGUUGAAUGGAAAACCUUUUAAUUCCAGCCUUCAUAUAUGUUGAUCACAUGCCUAACUGAAACUUGACAGAUAAUGGUCAACAGCCUGUGCUGUGCCACGCUGCAAGGUCAAGAGUUAUACACAUUUUACUAAUUUUCCAACUUUGCUGUUUAUGGCUAGGAAGGUAAAUAGCCAGUUUUCCCAUAUAGUAGAUGCUGAACUUGUCUGUGUUUGCCGUGCCAAAUCUGGUCAUAUUUACAAGGAGGGUUGGAGAGCUCUUAAACCAUCCGAUCGGUCACAUAGGAUUGAAUUCAUUUGUUUCGUUUUUUUUUGGGGGGGUUUUCUUGUCGUUCUGCAUAAGCUGUCAGAUAAAGUUUAUGGGUGACAAUAUGAUAAGUGAAUGUUCUUCAGUUUUACCAAGUUUACUGAGAUCCUUUCUCCCAGUAUAGCAUUGAGGUACACAGGAAAUUUAACAGAAGUCAUUUGCAGCAGCAGACCCUCCAAUUACUUACGCCUGUCCCAAACAUUGAAUGCUUUGACAUUAAUUCGCUGUGUGUAAUUUGCGUUUAGCUUGUGCCUUGGAAAACAUGCAUUUCCAAAAGUUUCAAAGCAGGUGCUGGUUUAUGGUCAAGGCCCACAUAGCUUUUUAAAGGGUAAACAGUGGGAUUAUUUAUCCCUUUUUUUAGGCGGACAAAAUUUUUUCCAUGUCUUAUUAGGCUAUAACAAAUGCCUUCUCUGAGCAGCCUUAUGUUUCAUAUUGACAUUUCAUUUUACGUCUCUGAAAAGAUUAAGACAUAGAUGUUACUUAUACUGAGACCAAAAAUAGAAAGGGCACGGCACCCUUCUGAGAAAAUAAAAAAAAGAGCAGCAGAGGUCUUUAAAAAGUGCUGAUAGUGAAUCAAGCCUCUGUCUUUUGAGUCAUAUGAUCUUUUAAACGUUGGGCUCUGGAUUCCAGUCCUGUCAUGGGAUCAGAGGCACAAACAUACAGACCUAAAUUUUCAAAAGAUCACUGAUCACCUAAGGUCAGUUUUCUACUUUUUUUUUUUUUAAAUGAAUGAUACAAUACUUUUAACAUAAAUGUAUUUUAUUUAGGAACAGACUUUGUAGUUCAAGCAGCAGCUAGAGAAAAUGUAAUGAAUUUCUCUACAAGUCAGUUUUAUCUCUUUGUGCCUGUAGUGGCACUAAUCAGCUACUCUUAUUAAGUUAAAGAGUUUCACGCCGUCAUGUGACUGCCAUUCACACAAACAUGCAAUACAGUGGCCUUUCUCUCCUUAGCGUGGUCUAAAACGAAGCAUGUGCUCUACAGUCCCCCCGCUCACACACAAGCUCUGUUUGUUUACCAUUUCAAAGGUGUUAACAAACACAAAUGUGAUCUUAAAACGGAACUGCAUUUUAAAAAGUCCACCGUCUAUUAUUUCCGGUCCCGUCAUUUUUUGUUUGUUUGUGUAUGUGUGUGUGUUGUGUAAACAAUAUUUACCAGCUGUGCGUGAUGUUGAAAGGUCAAGCCUACCCAAGAGAGGGACGCCACUUCGUGCAUCUGUUCAUCUAUAAACUUUUGUUUUACUUUUUGAAAAGUUUUGGUUAGUUUCAUUUAACUAACUUCUGUGAAGUUGUUUGUUUGGGUAUUUCUGUAUAGGUUUUUUGCCACUCUUUUGUUGUUAGUUGUGUGUUACAUUGUGGUAGACUUGCUUUCUAAUGUUUGUCUGUGUUACAUUGCCGUGUGCUACUUCACCGUGGCUUUGUUUCAAUAUGGGUGAUUUCCAUACAGCCCUGCUGUGCCUCACUCCUUUUAUAAAUAUGAGGCUUCUUGUCAUGAGUGAAUUUUUCUUAGUGACUUUAAUAAAUACAAAACAUGAACCCAUAUAUAUAUAUAUAUAUAUAUAUAUAUAUAUAUAUA